AUAGGGUACAAACACUAUGCAAACUCUAUCGAUAGAUGCUAUGCAAGGAGCAGGUUCAGCAGCGCAGACACGUCCUUCUCUGCCCAUGUUUGGUGAUGCUGUUAACGAAGAUGUGGGUGCUAGAGCUACAGAGGUUUCUCCUGAAGCGAUUCUUCUUGAAAGGCCUCGACCUCCUGGUAGCACAGAUGAUACCAAGGUUCCAGGUAGUCGCUUGUCAAAUUUCAGAGGUGAUAUGCGGUGUUGGACCUGUGGUAAGAAGCGUGAUCACUUGACACCCAAUUGUCGUUAUAGGGAUAUUGCUGUCCGACCUGAGAGUUACAAGGAUCCUGCUGUCCCACCUGAGAGUUACAAGGAUCCUGCUGUCCCGCCUGAGAGUUACAGUGGGUACGGUUAUGGCAAUCUCAUCCUUAAGAAUCAAAUGGGGACUCCUAGGGCAAAUUAGAAUUAAAGAAGAAGCCUUUGCCAGCAAAUUAGGAUUAAAGAAGAAGGCUUUGCCUCAUUUGUAAAUCCUAAAAUCUCAAGAGUUGGGUGUUACUUUAAUACUUCUUGUUUAUUUUGUUGUCUGCUAGGAGAGACUUUAAUACUUUGUUUCUAAUCACUUUCAGAGUGUAUCUAUUUGCUACUAUGCUUCUGUUAUACUCAUCCUGCUUUUUUA